AUGGACCAGCCAUCUCCCGCCGAGGACUACUAUAACCUAGGCGACUACCGUCGCAAUGUGAGCACAACAAAUGAAGAUGCCCAACUAUGGUUUAGUCGGGGCUUGAUCUGGGCCUACGCCUUCAACCACGCAGAAUCCAUCCGAUGCUUCGAAAAGGUCGUCGAAUUCGACCGGACGUGCGUCAUGGGAUACUGGGGCAUUGCCUUUGCCCUGGGUCCGAACUAUAACAAGCCAUGGCAGCUAUUCGACGGAGAAGAUCUGUCCGCCACCACGAGUCGCGCCCAUCGCGCGAUCCUAGAGGCCAAGAAGCACGCUCCCACCGCGACGCCGUUGGAGAAUGCUCUUAUCGAUGCACUGCAGCACCGGUAUCCCCAAGAACAGCCCAUAGAAGACUGCACGGAAUGGGAUAAGAAUUAUGCCGAGGCAAUGACAUCAGUGUACAAUGAUUACCCGGAUGACCUCGACGUGACCGCGCUGUACUGCGAUGCGCUGAUGAACCUGACCCCAUGGGGUCUGUGGGACGUGAAGACCGGCGAGGUGGCGCCAGGUGCGAAAACACUGGAAGCGGAAAAGGCGCUGAAUCGAGUCUUUGAACAAGCCGACUCCUAUGAUCAUCCCGGCGUCCUGCAUCUCUACAUCCAUUUGAUGGAAAUGUCCCCCAUUCCUGAACUUGCCCUGCCGAAAUCCAACUCUCUUCGCGGCCUUGUACCAGACGCUGGUCAUCUGGAGCACAUGUCGUCCCAUAUUGACGUCCUGUGUGGCGGUUACAAAAACGCAGUGGCGGCUAAUACCUCUGCAAUCCGCGCAGACGAGAAGUUCCUCGCCAACCAGCCCCUGGGCCAUUUUUAUAAUCUUUACCGUGCGCAUGAUUAUCAUUUCAGGAUUUAUGCUGCUAUGCUGGGCGGUCGAUCGAAGGUCGCACUCGAGUCUGGGGCCGAGCUCGCCCGGAUAAUCACUGAGCCUCUCCUCCGCAUCCAGUCGCCGCCGAUGGCGGACUGGCUGGAGGGCUUUAUCUCCGUGCAAAUGCAUGUGUUUGUGCGCUUCGGCCGCUGGGAGGAUAUUAUUGCUGCGGAACUGCCGGAAGGCGCAGAGCUGUACUGCGUCACCACUGCUAUGAUGCACUAUGCAAAGGGGAUCGCGUUCGCUGCGACCAGUCGUGUUGUGGAAGCAGAGGAAGAGCGAGAACGGUUUCUGGGAGCGAUGAAGCUUGUCCCGGCUUCACGGACGAUCUUCAAUAACCGCUGCAUCGACAUCCUCCGUGUCGGUGAGGCGAUGUUGGAUGGCGAGAUUGCAUAUCGCCGGGGCGAAUACGAUACUGCCUUUUCAUAUCUCCGGGAAGCUGUGAGGAGAGAUGAUUCGUUGCCGUAUGACGAGCCGUGGGGCUGGAUGCAGCCGGCUAGACACGCACUUGGAGCGUUGUUGCUCGAACAGGAUCGCGUCGAGGAGGCUGUAGCCGUAUAUGCUGCGGACCUUGGGGUUGACAGAUCUCUGCCCCGUGCUUUGAGGCAUCCAGCGAAUGUAUGGGCUUCGCAUGGGUAUUUUGAGUGUUUGAUCAAGAUGGGUCAGAAAAACGAGGCGCGUGCCAUGCUGCCGCGACUGAAAGCUGAUUUAGCCUGGGCGGAUGUGCCUAUUAAAUCGUCAUGUUUUUGUCGGCAGAGGACUGGAUGA